UCAUAAGCGACAGAUGUCGGCACUGAACGGACGGUAGCAUUGAAUAUAGAUGCAUAAAUGCAUUUUAUUUACUAACAUGGACAACACAAAUCAAUAUUACUGAAGUACUAGGCGUUGUAGAUGGUUUUCAUUCUAGGAUAUUUAAUUUUCGAUCUUAGUCUGUGCCAUAAGUUGUCUGGAAGCCAUACUGUGGCAGCCAUAUUUAAUUCCAUUUGGAGAUAACUUCACCAGAUUUUUCUGAAGAAAAGAGGUUUUAAACAGUCUUCCAUCAUCUGGAUGUGUGUUAAUCUUGUGCUAUGGCCUCAGCAACCAACGACUCGAAGUGGCAGAAAGAUGCAGCGGACCAGAACUUUGAUUACAUGUUCAAAUUGUUAAUAAUUGGCAACAGUUCUGUUGGUAAAACAUCCUUUCUGUUCCGCUACGCUGACGAUUCCUUCACAUCGGCUUUUGUUAGUACAGUGGGCAUAGACUUCAAGGUGAAGACUGUUUUUAGACAGGAUAAGAGAGUCAAGCUACAAAUAUGGGACACGGCUGGCCAGGAACGAUACAGGACGAUAACAACAGCAUAUUAUAGAGGCGCAAUGGGUUUUAUACUUAUGUACGAUGUAACCAAUGAAGAGUCGUUUAAUGCAGUUCAAGAUUGGUGUACUCAGAUCAAGACAUAUUCUUGGGAUAAUGCCCAGGUUGUAUUAGUGGGCAACAAAUGUGAUUUGGAAGAUGAGCGAGUUGUGUCCAAUGAACGAGGCAAACAGCUAGCAGACCAACUAGGACUGGAAUUUUUUGAGACCUCCGCCAAAGAGAACAUAAAUGUAAAAGCUGUAUUCGAGCGUCUUGUUGACAUCAUCUGCGACAAGAUGUCGGAGAGUCUCGACUCCGACCCAACCCUUGUCAACAGCCAGACGAAAGCUACACGACUAACGGAGAAUCCCAACCCGCAGGGCAGUAGCUGUCAAUGCUGAUAAAACCCGGAUGUGCACUUAUCAAGGGGAGAUAACUUGUGUACCCUCUGUAGUCAAAGCUCUUAGUGGCUUAGAACUGCUGAAUUUUCUGAAGAUGACUGCGUCUACUCAUGUUUGAAAGCAGUGUUUUGGUGAACCAAUGUGUGAAUUACGAGAAUAGAUUUCUUUUCCUUAUCUCCUCUGAUAUUUGCAUAAAUACACGAGAAAAAAAAUGAUUGCCAUGAGGACAGUGCACAGUUACUGUAUAGUAUUAACCCAUUCACCCCUGCAGCUCAUAUUAGACCAUGCUAGAUAAAUGUAUUGGAUUGUCUAAUUAUGAAAUGUAGGGGUAAAAGGAUUAAAAGAAGCAUUGGGAGGUUAGAUAACUUACCCAGUGAAUUUGGUGUAUAAAUUAAAUAGUAACAUUGUAUUUAAUUUAAUUUUGAAUUGUUUAAAAGAAAAACAAAUUCAUUUAUGUCCAUCAGUUCUGAUAGAGCUUUUGCUCAAGUGAAACGUUCUGUUUGAAUCUGUUUGUUUUUUGUUUUUAGCUAGACGAAAAGAAAAAAAAGAGAAGAGUUUUUCAUAGUUUAUGCUCAAUAAUCUUUGUACGAAUAUGUAAAUUGAGCUAAUCUUGGUACGAAUAUGUAAAUUGAGCUAACUCCACAAUGCUUAUCAAUUGUUUGAUGUACAUCACUUGAUCAUGUCACAUUAAUGGCUAAUUAUUUGAAAUAGAGGUGAGUGAUGUAUUAUUGGACAUCACCUUAGUGAUAUCUGAUCAUGUGACUUGAUCAUCAUGUGAUAAAACAAAAAUGUGUUGGACGCUAGAUUGUAUUUGUUAGUUAUUUGACCUGGUCUUGUAAUAUUUUCAACGCAUCUAUAUAAAUACUGUUUGUGAUCACUUGACAGUCUUAAUACUAUUUGUCGUGUGACUACUCAUAGGACAUUCUGGGAAGUAUGGUUUAAUUGUGACCAACCAUGUGACAUUCUUAAAUAUACUUUGGUUAAUUUAUAUCAUGCGACUAAAAAUGUUACCUUGUUAUUAAUAUAUUUUGGAGAUGGAUUACAACACUACUGCCACAAAAACUACAUUCAACUUGUUAUACCCAGUAACACACAGAGCCAACAUUUGAAGUCUAUGGCCAAAUAUUCUAACUUUAGUUAUAUCUUUUUCUGGCAUAUAUUAUCACAUAAGAAUUCUGAGGCUUUUUCUCUUCUUUUUUUACUAAUGUUAUCUUGAUUUAUAUUUGGAUUGCCAUCUUGGCAAAUGGUGAAGAAAAAAAAAAGUUUCACAUUGUUUUCUUAAAUGUCAGGUAUUAAUCAUUUGUUUAGAUAAUAGCAGUAAAACAAAAAUCUGCUUUUACAACUAUGAGCUAUGCUUCAACAAACAAUCGAAAUAUUAUAAACUUUCAUUCCAUUAUCAGAAUACGGAUGGGUUCUUAACUUAUUUUAUUUUUCUUUAUAGUUAUUUUUUUGGCACAGCUGACACAUACGACUUUUACACAGCAGUCGUCAUACAUAUUAAUUAAAAUCACAGUUCAUUUCCUGUUUUUCAUCUGAUAUCAUCUCAUGAUUCUGACAAGCAUAUUUUCACUGUGACACUAAGAACCAUGACAGUUUUGUGGUAUUUUAGGUUCUCAGUGUACUAAUGUGCUACUACAGCAUUAUUAUUUUUGUUACGCUCUAUUUAUUUUUUAUUUUACUUGUUAUAUAAUUAUAUUCUAUAUUCCAAUAUAAAUUAUGUUUAUAUUUACUAAUUUAAUGUAUCUCCUUUUUCCCCUGUUUUACUUACCAUAUAAUAUACACUUGAAUUCCUGGAAGUUGGGCAUUUCUGCAAAUGGUUUCCCUGUCAUGUUUUCCAUUUGAUGUUAGUAGAAAUGUUUUAGAGUGAUUAACUUAGAGAAUACUAAUUUUGAAAACAAAACUUAUUGAGCUUGUGAAGAAAAUGGGAGUUAAUAUCACAUCCCUAAUACCCUAGCUCUUUGAUUGUGCUGGGUCUUAGGGGGAUAUAAGUUUGGAAACUGGUUUGUAUUACCAGACUAAGUCUUACAUUGUGUUAAUAUUUUGGUGCAUUUAUUUAUAUUGUAAGCUGGUGCAUAAAUGUAAACUGAGGUGCAAGGACUAAACUUUAGUCCUAACUGUUGAAAUCUCAAAAUUGCAUUUGUUUUUUGAAUUCCUGGAAGUGGAAGUUAAUAUUUUCUAAACAAAUUUAUCUUCGUGGGCAGUAUCUAGAUAAUACACAUAAUGUUACAUAAUUUUUUUCCAUCUUUUUUUUCUUUCUUUUUUUGUGUAGAUACUGUUUAAUGAAAAGCCUUUGUAAUUUGUUUUCAUCCCUAGAUUUACCAUAGAUACUACAGCUAUUAGGUAAUUAGUAUUUCUUCAAUUACCCAACUGUUAUAGUAUAAUAUGGAAGAAUAGUGAAUAAGAAAAGUGACAGGGAAACUGUAAGAUUUUUGUAUGCUCAUUUAACUGUAUCAACAUUCCUAAUCUCUUUGUACAAUCAUUGAUUAUAAUUUUUAAUUUGUCAGAACUGAUUUUGCAGAUAUUUUAUUUCUAUACUGGCACAAGAAUCAUUUUACUUCUAGGUUUAGGGUUCAACAAAUGAAAAUAGCUUUUGUAUGACUUUUAAAAUAUUGUCUGUCUCUUUAACGUUUUUCAUAACCUGUUGAUAUGUCUGAUCUAUAUAGUAAAUUUUUGGUUUAUCAUUAAUAUAUGGAUACUAGAUCUUAAAGCUAUUAGAGUAAUAUUAGAAAUGCAUUUGCUACAUUGUUGUGAAUACUGGUCAAAUAUACCUACAUAUUUAUCUACAUUUGUAUGUGGAUUUUUGUAAUCACCAAUGUUUACUUUGUAGUCCUAUACAUCUGCAUAAUUAUUUACAUCUGUGAGGUGGAUAUUAACGAAUGAUUACUUUGCAUAAAUUACCACAUACAUUCCUACGGAAGUAAAGUAUACCUCUUGGUAAGUCAUUCCAUCAAUACAUAGAUUGUACGUUUUGUAGUCCAUAACAAUUCAUUCCAAAGCAAAACUCUUAUUGUUUUGACUGCUAAUUUGUUAGAAUUACAAAGGAUAACAGUAUGAGUAUAGGCAAAAGAAAGGGCACUUAAAUAAUGAAUGUCUGCAUUAUAAGAUUUACUUCAAGGUUUUAGCAUAAUAAAAUGUAGUAUUCAUAAUAAUCUCUUUUAGUUCACUUAUAUUUAUGAGAGCAUGUGAUCUCAUCUUUGUUGCAAAUGUCUCAGUAGAACUCUAGCUGUGGUAAUAGUAGGCCCUAAUUAGAGAGCUAUAUACCUAGAGUUUACCCUUCACAAUAGUAUUGAUUGACAAGUCAUAAAAAAGCUAGUGGCUGUUGAAUAGUGUGCUAGUAAGCUCCAUGGAUUUUAGAACACUGAUAAUAGUAUUGAUUGACGAGUCAUAAAAAAGCUAGUGGCUGUUGAAUAGUGUGCUAGUAAGCUCCAUGGAUUUUAGAACACUGAUAAUAGUAUUGAUUGACAAGUCAUAAAAAAGCUAGUGGCUGUUGAAUAGUGUGCUAGUAAGCUCCAUGGAUUUUAGAACACUGAUAACAGUAUUGAUUGACAAAUCAUAAAAAAGCUAGGGGCUGUUGAAUAGUGUGCUAGUAAUCUCCAUGGAUUUUAGAACACUGAUAGAAGGUACUUUGGUUUACUUUUGCCAUAAAUCUCUACAUCAGGCAUUUACAGAUUAUUUUGUUCAUACUUAUUAUUGUUAGUGUUUAAUUGGUGUAUGUAGGAUUAUGGAGAAUAAGAAUAUUUGUAAUCACGUACUAUGAAACAAAUCCGUGAGACUGAAUCUCCUAGGUAUUCUAAAGCACAGCAAGUUAUAGGUGUGCUAUUAGUAAAAUAUCAUGAUGUCUUGAGUUCUAUCUUUUAAACAGCUUAUCAUGCUUAGAUACAUUCUUAUAAUUUCACAACUUGCUUUAGCUACGCAAAAAACCAAGAUUGACUAUAUUGUAUUGCAUAAUAUAAAUAAACAGUAUAAAUUUGUUAUUCAGUGCUGUGCAUUCUGGGUUGUUUUAUUUUUUUUGGAGGGUUGGUUUUGUUUUAUCCUUUUGUUAGAAAAAUAGAACAAGAUGACCCUCAAUUUCUGAAUAUUUUAAAUAUUGGAACGUAUUGAUUUAAUAUACUAUUUUCCACAUUCCCAGUAAUAGAUCAUCCCCAUGAUAAACAAUGCUUUAAUCCAUGUCAACUGACAUAUUCCUGGGAGUAUAUUUGUUAAAUUCAGUCUGUUCCCAUGAUUAACAAUGCUUUAAACCACCACUCAUAUCCAUGUUUACUUGCAUAUUCUUGGGAGUUUAUGUGUUAAAUUCAGUCUGUCCCCAUGAUACUUUAAACCACCUCAUAUCCAUGUUUACUUGCAUAUUCCCAGAGUUUAUUUGUUAAAUUCAGUCUGUCCCCAUGAUACUUUAAACCACCUCAUAUCCAUGUUUACUUGCAUAUUCCCGGAGUUUAUUUGUUAAAUUCAGUCUGUGAAAAGAAUGUUUAGGUUUGGGAUUAAGCAGUCGGGUUAUAUUAUUAUUAAAUGAGUUGUGGUAGUUCAUUUGAGAAAUUAGUAUGUAGACUAUGUGUUUCAAAUCAUGUUUCAUUCUGUUGUUUCUGAAAUGUUGAAAAUGGUUUGGUGUAUCAACAUAUUAAGUUCUCCACAUUUGAGAAAAGUAUACAUGGGUCGUCUGUUUCAUUCUGUCUGUUAUGUCUGUCAAAUGAGAGCCUAUCGGGUGUGUCAUUUUGCUUGUAAGUUCACCUGGAAAAAAGAUUUGGAAAAUCCUGACCAAUGUACCCUAAUUUGUUUGGGAGUGUAUUUGAGAAAGGGAUACAAGUUUUCACUGAUGAUUUAAACUGAUGAAUAUGCUGUAAUAUACUGCAUGACGUAACUUCUAGGAUAGAAAAGUGAAGUUCAUAAUUGACAUAUUUACUUACUUGUCAAUAGAUCUUGCUGUAAUUAUUUAAGCUAUUGUUUCCAUGUAAAAACUAGUUAUUUAAAUGUAGAAACUAUGUUAAUGUAAUUAUGUUAAUUUUUUAGUUUUGACUGUUAAUUAUAGAAUGUUGAUAUAAAUCAGAGGAAUUUGUGCAAUGUUUGUACCUAUUACAUGCUGAUGUGUUGAUCAAUCUUAUGUUAAACCUUCCACAACUAUAUACUGUUAGAUAAUAUACAAAUACAUGUAGUUUCUUUAUGUCACUAAGGUGAUUUAUUCCAAUUUGCUAUCAGUAGAUUCUUACAAACAGCAAUAUAAGAAUUAAUAAUAUAAGGUCCCAACUAACUAUGAAUAAUUGAAUAUGAUAAUUUUGUGCAAUAUAAACACUGGUUGUUCACUACCUCUGUACAAGGUAUUAACAGAAUCUACCAUAAUAGAACAGUUUCUGUCAUUAUGAAGUAUUUUAUAACAAUUGCCAAAUGGUCAGAGCCACAGUUUCGUUUCUUUGAUUCUUGACAAAUUAACCAUACCAGUGUAACCCAUUUUUUCUUUGAUACCUUGUUUGUAGUGCAGUUCAAAAUUAAGUUAAUUUGUUUUAAAAUGUAUGAAAGAGCAUUAACAAUUGGGGGUCCAUAGCCAAAACGUCUCAUACAUGUAUCUUGAAAAAUAUAACUGGUUACAUGCUGAGAAAUUGAUGAAUUAUUCUUCUUCUAUUAAACUAUAGAAACUAUUGCCUUUAGGAUUGAUACACUUUGUACGUGCAAUUUAUAAAUCACUUUUUAUUUGUGCAUUUAUUAGAUCUCAUCAAAACAGUUCAGUUGUUCAAUAGUCAAAGUAUAAUUUUACAUUUUGCAUUCCAAUCCAAUGAUGGUUUUCUUUUUGUUAUUCCUUUUUUGUCUUGUUGAAAGCUUAUUGUGACAUACACACAUGUACAUUACUGUGAUUUUUCUUGUUGAUUGUAAUUUUGUAAAUACUAUGUAUUUCUGUUAUUCUUUUUCUUGAUUUUCCAAUUUUUAUUUAUACAAUUCAGAAACAUCAAUCAGACCUUAGGUUUCUUGCUGGGUGUUAGAAAGGCAGACAAAACACAGAGACAGAAAUUAUAAACAAUGCAAGCACCUGGUGUACAAGUAUUAACACGUCAUACACUUGCCAUCGUUGUGAAGUCAGCAGUAGUUGUUCCUUGGUGGAACUUGGUAUAUCAAAGAUUGUUUAAUGCUGUCUGUAAGAGAGUGCAUUUAAAAUACCUUGCUAAUCACUGAAAGAACCCCUGUCAAGGACAAAACUCUCUGGUGAAGUUAAAGAUUUGUGCCCAUGACAGGCGUGCUUGAACAGUCCUCUGAUUGAAGAAUCCCACAUCCACACUGAAAGAACUAGGUUAUGCAUUGACAUCAGACGAUUUUGUUUCUCAUUCUCAAUACCAUGUCAUUGUUACCAUAUAUCUGACAUCUUAAUAGCUGAAUCAAUAAUUUAGUAAUGGCUCUUAAUAAUAUAUAUUAUCAUAGAAAGGAAAAAUGAAACAAUUGUUUAUAAUGGUAGUUUUAGUCUCCAGUAAUAUGAUGUACAAAAUUAGCAUUAUUAUUGAUGAAAAGUUAAAAUGAUGACAGAAUGGGAGAAUUGAAACAACUCGCCCAUGCCCACACUCAACCCUAUAUAGCUCGCAUUUUCCCAUACCACCAGCUUCUUUACAGUUUGAGAAUAUGAAAUGAGCUGAUUAACUAGAUUGAUUACAAGGUUUGUGUUUUGAUUGACCCAUUUUAUCAAUGCAUUUUUGAUUGGUAGAAUGUCUGUAUGCAAAUGCCCACCACAACCACACUUAACACUGUGUGCAAAUGCCCACCACAGCCCUUGUACACCUAUCUCCCUAAAGCUAUUGAAGUAAUGGAGUUAAAGUAUCCUGUUGCACCUCUGUCGUGGUGGCUGUAUGAUAACUUUUUCAAGAAAUCUGAGUUAUUCAAUACCUAAGGUCUGAUAAAUGUCAGCAGAAACAUAUUUACUUUAUUUAUUAAUCAUAAUUUAUGACUAACAUUGUAUAAUAGUGAUAGACUUCAGAUUGGACACUUAAAGUUGAUCGUGUAAUGUUUAGAAAUAUAUAGAGCCCAACAUUGUUUUUGUUCCUGCGAUAAUUAAGGGUAAUUUUCAAAUAAAUAUAUUAACAUAAAAUGAUUUGUUAAACCACCUAAAAUGUAGGAAAGAAAAUAACUAAACCAUUCAAAUCUCAUUUGUCCAGUUCCCAAUAUUUAUUCACCAACAUUUAGUUAGAUGAUUAAUAAUACAAUGGCUUUAAGAAUGGGAAACUUGGCAAAUUGUUUUUCUCCAUUUUCCCAGUGCGAAUUCUCAUAAGCUUUGAAAUAAAAAAAAAUUAAAACAAUUGACGCUUUUGGUAUUAAAACUUGAUUUUAUUGGGAGUUUUAAAAAAUAUUGUAGUAAUAAUAUUGUUCACAUGCAAGGAAAGCAAUAAUGUUUACACAAUUUCAUUAUUAAGGUUCAUUAGUUUACCAAGGCAGUGCUUUUCAACCUUUUUCUUCGCAAUGGAAUUCUAAAAUAUAACUUAACAUUUCAAAGGGCAUUAAAAUGUGUAAUGUAAUUAUUAAUUAAAAUGUACUUAUGAAAGCGUUUCUAAAACAAAAAGAUUGCUAAACGUUGUAUUACACACUCGUAUGCCAUGAUUGAGAGAACUGUCUAAAUGUGUAUGUUUUAUGUAACACAAUUUCAGUCUUAUUUGUAGUCAUGAUGUAGAUUUAUUGUUUCAGAGUAAGUGUUAGUUGUGAUUUAAACAAUAUUAUUUAUAUUAAUGAAUUGGCAAGUGGGCCAUAGGCCUGUAUAAGUGUCUCUACGUUAGGCGUUAUGAGUGUGUGUUAUACACGUACUUUUGAAAACAAUGUUGGGACGUGUUAGGGUAUACAACUUACAAGAUUGUUCCUUCACAUACUGUUUGAUGUUUUUCUGUUGACUUAUUAAACCAAAUUACUUACAUAAAGACUAGCAUGCAGGUUAUUGUAGCCACUCCACUGUCAGUAGAUGGAAGUAAUAAAUAAAGUCAUUUAACAUC